AGUUUCAAACUGACUCACGUUUGGGGAUCACAACAAAUGAUACAGUACCCAUCCGAUAUCGGAAAAGUUAAGUGAUCGUUUAUUCAUCACCGUCGACAUAUGAACAAUAAUUAGAUAUUAAAUUGUUAAAAGAUAUAAAUGUCUUUAUCCGCAUUUUAAUCGUUUAUUUUUUCUUAACCGAUACAUAAAGAAAAGCCUUCAAAGGAGAGUAUACUUUAUGUAUAUCGCAGUAAAUCCCCAGGAAAGAGAGCAGCUACGACACAUAAAUGUAUUCCGUCUCUUUAUCUAAAUUCUUCUGGGCAACUGAAUCAAUUUUAAGUCUCAGUUGAAUUGAAGAGAUGAACGAGGAACCUCACGCCCAUGAAAACCUGGUGGCCAAAGCCCAGAGACCCAGGAAAACGGAUCCUGAAGUUGGUAGCACUUGCAGCGCGGAGAGUUUAGGGGGAAGCAACAGUUCCACAGAGCCAGCCAUUGCAGGAGGAACGCAACAUCCUGAAGAUCCUCAAAAUUCAAGCCCUCAAUCGCUGGGCAUUUAUCUUCUUGAACCCUUUAUUCUUAUCCUGCUCUUUGCCUAUAAUUUCUCGUCAACCGUUUUGAAGAAUGAAGUCAUCUAUCAAAGCUGCACAGCGGGUUUUGGUUAUCCGGAUAACGUUUGCCGGCUACUGGGCACCAAGAACGCCACAAAUGAAUCCAAGAGAAUUGAGGAGCAAGUGCAACCUUAUGCUGCCCAGGUCACAUUGGCAAUGAGAAUAGUGGAGUGUUUUAUUCCGGCUUUCUGUGGACUUUUCGCUGGAGCCUGGGCUGAUCGCUAUGGCCGCAAGCCCCUGCUCAUGUGCUCCUUUUUAGGCUACGGGCUGCAGUACCUGAUUUCAGCCGUUAUUGCUUAUUCUGCUAUGCAAACUCAGGGUUUGGUUAGCCCCUGGUGGUAUGUGUUCUCCAUCGUACCUCUUUCCUGCUUUGGAAGUAGUGUCACCUAUUCCGUGGCCGCAGUUUGCUUCAUUGGCGAUGUUUCAGAGGGCAAAGUUCGAUCAUACAGGAUGAUUGCCUAUGAACUAUCAAUUUAUGUGGGCCUACUUCUCGGUAGUUUUGGUUCCGGUUUCGCCUACGAAGCCACCGAUUCUUACAUUAUAUUCUGCAUUUCUGCAGUCUCCAUUCUCGUGGCACUUUUUCUGAUGACUAUCCUUCUUCCGGAGAGUUUACCUUUUAGGAAUCAAACAGUCGCAUCCGCAUCGACUGACACAAACGUGCUCUCUUUGCUGAAGAACUUGUGGAGCACCUGUAGAAAACCUCGCGAGCACAAAAAUCGUUUUAUAUUGGGAACAAUUAUGAUGGUGCUGCUGCUAACCGCAUUUGUCUCCGAGGGAAGCAAUUCUGUGUUCUACAAUUUCAUGAGGAUCAAGUUUCAUUGGACCGUAAAGGACUUUACCGAAUACGAGGCAGUCAGCAUCAUGGUGCCCGCAGUAGCUGGCUCCUGUGGAGUGUUUUUUAUUUGGUCUGUAAGAAAGUGUACCAAAUCGGCGGUUUUAUGUCUGGCCUUGGUGUCCCUACUAAGUCACUUUUCCAGCAGCCUGAUGAAGGCCUUCGCCUUGGUGAGUUGGCAGAUCUAUGUGGCCAUUGGAUUGGGAGUGUUCAAGUCCCUUGUGAAUCCCAUGUGCCGCACAAUGAUCACCAAUCUGCUGCCUGCUGAUGAACGGGGUAAAAUCUUUUGCCUACUUGGCGUUUCACAAGCACUUUCCCCUCUAUUAUCGACCACUCUGUAUUUUGCGAUCUAUACUCGAACACUGGAAACUGAACCGGGGAUUUUCAAUUUGUUCAGUGCCUGUCUAUAUGGGCUAGGUAUCAUUCUUCUGAGCAUUGUCUGGCUCAAGAAAUCGAGAAAUCAGGUGUACUAUGAGCCGGUCUUUAAGUGAUCGCCCGGGACAUCCAAAGUCCAAAAAUACUGGAAGAAAGCGCCAGUCAUGCCAAACUUUGACAAAAUCAAUCAUACAGAUGGACUGGCGCCGGGAACUCCCCCGACCACUAUUUAACGCAAAAUCCACUCAACCAUACAUUAUUUCGACCUUAUUUACAUACCCGAUUGUCGCGCAGUUAGCCAAAUGCAUAUGUGUGAAUUUUGAAGGUCCAUCGAUCUCACUCAUUUCCCCUGGGAAAAAUUGUUUAGUUACAGAACUCCUAAUAUUUUCUCAUUAACUAAAAUAUGGGUUAUUAUUGCUGCAAAGCAGUGGCGUGUGCGCAGUCACUUGACAGAUCUUACAGAAUACAUAUUUAUCUAUAGAAAUAUAAGAAAUGUGAACACGUUUGUAUGCCCAGUGAUUGGUGCUAACUCCGGAUUUGAGCAAACGCUAAUUCCACUUGCUAAUUUUUAAUUAGUCGCCAGGUUUUUUACACAUUUGAUCAAGAUCGGUCUUAUAAGCUUCAUGAGCAAAAAACGGAAUGAAACUUAAUUUACGCACGAAUUUAAUGCCUCAACAGAGCAGAACGAAAUCUCUGGAAUUCUACAUGGAUAGUAUCGGACCACAGCGCUUGAAUUGUCAGUAGGGCAAUUAAAACUAUUAAAAACUAACUAUCGAAAAUGAAAUUAAUUGAAACUAUGUCAUUUUCGUGAGUUCUCUAACUUUAUUUAUAUAAUAAAUAUCGGAAAUGAAAAAAUGUCAAUGAUAAUUAACAACUGUGUUUAAUAAAUAUUAUAAUAUUUAAAAUUGUUAUUCCAUUUAAUUUAAUAUUAUUUCCAUAAUAUAAUUUUAUAAUUUAUUGGGUAUAAAAUAGUUGUCGUAUAAUUUCAACCAAAUUAUCAUGUAAGAUGUAUGUUAAUAUAUUUCGUUUAUCCGGGAUUUUCGGGUUUCGGUCUCAUGGGAUUACUAAACACUUUUCGUCCCCAACUUCCAUGGCGUUGGCUCGUGCUACUCAUUUGCACGAUCCAAAAAUACGCAAAUCACUAUAAAUUGCCGGCGAAAAGAAAACAAACGAACAAUUCAGACUUCGGACUGCGUUUCUCACGAUUUGGCCCAUGAAUAGAGUAGCCCGAGUUGGUAGUGAGGCCUAAAUCUAAUUCAAUCUGGCAAAGCCAGUGCACUGGAACUUAGCCAAACUCAAAUUAAAUAGAAUCCAAUCCGGUUAACCGGGCCUGCAACACUUUUUCCAAUGGGAAAUGGAAAGCAAUUUUCACGUGAAUGUAGCGAAGCUAUCCGCUG